GCUGUGACUUCCGUGUUGACAACAAGCUUUAGCUAGUCGACUACAAGGCCCAAUUUAUUAGAUUUAUUUAACAGUGAGGAACCGAAGGGAUUGGUACAGCACCCAGAAACCCUUCUAUCCAGGAUUCAGAGUUUGAGAUCACACACAGGUCACACUGGAUGGGCCAGCUGGUAACGGUUGGGGCCAGCUGUUAACAUCCUUUGGGCCUGUACGUGGAACAUCACUCCGCAAUGGCCAGUCACUUUCGUAGCUACAUCUGGGACCCGAUCCUCAUUGUGAGUCAGAUUGUGCUGAUGCAGUGCAUCUACUACAGCUUUCUGGGCCUGUGGUUGGCUGGAGUGGACAGUUUGGUGCAAACUAGUCGGUCACUGGACCAGAUCUUCAGCUAUGACGUUCUCGGUUUUGCAACAAUGCAGGGAAGACUCUCAAUGAUGGCAUUCAUCUUGAACUCUCUUACCUGCGCCCUCGGUCUGUGGUUCUUCAUCCGUCGAGGGAAACAGUGCCUGGACUUCACAGUCACUGUGCACUUCUUCCAUAUGAUUGGCUGCUGGAUCUAUAAUGCUCAUCUUCCAGCGGCCUUGUCCUGGUGGCUCGUCAAUGUAGCCUGCAUGGCAUUGAUGGCUGUUAUUGGAGAGUACUUGUGCAUGCGGACUGAACUUAGGGCUAUUCCAGUCAAUAGUGGACCCAAAUCUAACCUGUGAAUUUUUGUCGACACCUCACUGAAAGUCUGUGGAAGCUUAACCCCCGAAGAACUGGCUCAGAGAGGAAGUUUUCACUGCUUGCAAAAGAAAGGGAGCGUGAACCCCCAUCAGCGUAGAUGUUGGAUUGUCGUCCAUUUCUUCUUCAAGUUAUACACCAGAUGAACUGAUCUAUUUAUUCAUAGCUGUCCAAUAAAUAUUGGAUAGUAUUAACUCUGUAACAUAUUGCGAUAUGUGUUUUAAUACUUAUGAAUCAGGCAUCAGUUUACACAUUUCAUUUUAAGCAUGAGCAUUCCCUCGUUUUGAGAGUUACAACAUUUCUGUUAUGUACACAUUUUCACACACAGGAAAUUAGCAAUUGAAACUUCAGAGUAAAUACAAACUGCAGGACAGCAACAUAUGUCAACAGCAGACAUUUUCUUCUCUCUUUUUGUUGGUAUAAUUUCAAGUAGGCUGGGUGGGCAAACAAACUUGGUCGUUACUGGUUACUUUGGUUUUAAAAUUCACUGCAAUUUAGAGAUGCCAGUAUGCAAAGUUUACUAUUGCAGCUUGUAUAAUUUUUUUUCUUACAGCUGUAUCUAAAAGUUAAAGGUACAAUGUGUAAGAUAUGGCCAGAAUUUUAGCUUGGUUACUCAAAAAACGGAGUAACGUUAUCGACAGAAUGUGAAGAAUUAACAGUUCUGCCCAUAUGUUGCAGCAAUAUCUACAGAAGUUAGCAUUCUAACUCAUUUGUACCUUAAGCGGCCAUAGUCCGAUGUUACAGCUCAGGCCUCCCUUUGUAGUUUCAGCUAAGAGAAAGUGUGUGAGCGGUGACUCUGCCCCAUUUCACAAGCUUUCUUAGCUUUUUUUAUUCUAAUAAAUAAACCAAAUGCACCUGUUUUCCUUAUUAAACAAAAAAUUUCAACCGUACAUCUUCUGAAUCCAAGUUUCUCUAUUUUGCCAAAUUUAGAUGAGCUUUAUUGCCAAGUUAACUCACUGUCAAACACACUUCAUUCGAACUCGACAAAAACAAGAUGAAACUCACCAAAACCACCUUGUCUUUCCAAUGUUACAGCUGUCACCAACUCUGGUUUGGUUUUCAAAGUUACAUGUAAAAAUAUUCUGGCUCUAAACGCUGCUUUUCCACACUGGUGAUGACCGACCCCCCCUCUCAGUCCUCUCCUGUUUCUCGCCUCUUCUGUCCCCACCUCCCAUGUCUUCAUCAUCCCUGUAGUCAGAGUCCUGGUCGGAGCUGUAAAUCUCCUCAGCGCUGUUUUCCCUCUCAUCAAACUGGCUGUCUCGGAGGCUGUGUUCACUUUGUGGCAGCUGAGCCCAGUUCCACUGAGCUCUCCUGUCAGCUAAUAGAGCCACUAGCUACACAGCUAACUGAGCUAACAGCAGCUAGUAGCCUUAGACAAAGAUGGUUAGCAGCAGUUAGCGGUAACUGGUGAUAUGCUGCCCCCUAUUUGUUUGGAGUGAUUUUGACAGGUGGCCAUAUCUUACACGUUGUACCUUUAAAUGUUGAGUAACGAGUUCAGUGUUCAAACAGAGCCUUAUAUCUGUAUUAUCACAGCACACACUUGGAAGAAGUCUAAAAUCAGGCUUUUUUUUAUCUUUCUGGAUAACGUUUGUACACUCAGUCAUUCAGUGCUCAUCUUAGGCCUUUCUUGUCAAGCUUGAAUGGCAUUUUGCAUAGCUAGUGUUGUUUUUUUCCGUCUUUAUGUCAUGUAUUAUGCAGACAAGGUGAACCAGCCUCUAGCUGUGCUCUCACAGCAGGCUAUGUCUGUUUUUCUGAAAACAGAAACCCACAAACAAAUUACUGUUUGUGGGGUUGGGACAUGAGGAGUACUGAAAUAUGCAGUUCUGGUUACUGGACCAAUUUCAGUUCAUUAAGAAUGGUCUAAACAGUCUAAAAUAACUUCAUAUUAUUGCAACCCCACUUCCCAAAAAGUUUGGACGCCGUUUAAAACGUGAAUUAAAACAGAAUGCAUUUGCAAAUGAACUGUGUUUGCAGACAAAAGUUUUAUGAAGUGUUUCCAAGCCCAUAUAGUAAUAUCCUUAUACCAGGGGUGGGGAACAUUUUCCCUAUCAAGGGUCAUUUCAAUUUUUAUAACAAUUUCUAACAUCCUUCUUGGGUAAAACUAAAUUAUUGAACACAUAUAUCACACUAACCUCUGUGGUGGCUGGAAGUGUUUCUCUUAUUUGCUGGAUAAUUCUAGAGUAGAUUAUUUAGAUUUCAUUUUUUGCUUUUUUGUAUUUAAGAAUUAUCUUGCUGGCCAGAUCAAAUGGUCUUGCAGGUUGGAUGCAUCCUGGAGGUUCCCCACCCCUACUUUAUACAGUCAUGUGUUCACAAAGUGUUGAACCUCGCUCCAUCUUCGCUUGUGAACAACUGAACCUUCCAGGAUGCUCCUUUCACACCCAAUCAUGAUACUAUCACCUGUUACCAAUCAACCUGUUUACCUGUGGACAACUUUCCCAGUCAUUUGUUGCUCCUGUCCCAAAUUGUCCCAACAGAAUAAGCAGAAUUAGCAAGUCAGCAGGUUCUGUUUUAUUCAUGUUUUACACAGUGUUCCAGCUUUUUUCGAUUCAGAGUUCUGUUCGAGUAUUGCAGGUCCUGUCACGUAUCUUUUCAUCCUGUGUGGCAGCUGUCAGCGUAUACUGUGUGGACUGUGCAGUGUCUUGUUUUGAAAUCAGGUUUCUAAAGUGUAGUACAAGUCGAUCAUUAUUCUGCAGGCGUUGAUAUUUCAAAGUUGCAAAAUAGUUGGACAUUUUCAGAAAUACACUUAUUUGUCUUCUCGCUGAGAGUUGGAUGAGAAGAUCAAUACCACUCUCAUGUCUGUCCACUGAAUAUGAAGCUACAGCCAGCAGGCAGCUUGCUUGGCUUAGACUGGAAACUUAAGUAAAACUAAAACAAAAUGUAACCCAGCACCUCUUUAAGCCCACUAAUGAACAUGCUCUAUCUUAUUUGGAAAAAAAUGUAUCGUAUUAAAGUAUAAAAAUGACAAAUUACAGGGAUUAUGUGCCCAACUACUUUUGGCAGGCUGCAGUGACUUCCUGAAAUUGUCUUGACACUGAGGGAGAGACGUGGUUGUCAGUCAACCAUGACUUUUUCUUUCUUUUUUUUUACACUUCACUUUUUGUUCAUAUUAAACAAUUAAACAAGACAUAAUGUGUAAUUAAUGAGCCGUAGAGGGGCUGGUAGGCAUAGUUGGUUAGCUUUGGGCAGAGCCAGGCUAGCUGUUUUCAGCCUUUAUGCUAAGCUAAGAUACCUGGCUGCUACACAGACAUGAGAGUAAUAUCAAUGCACUCAGCUAGCUCUCGGCAAGAAAGCAAAUAAGCUUACUUCCCAAAAUGUCAAAGUACUCCUUGGAGCUAUGUUCAAACUCAUGACUUGUCGAAGAAGGCAUCACCGAGCAUUUUAUGAUUUCUAGCAAAGACUGCUCUGAAAGUUUUCACAUGCAAUGCGAUCUUUGUAUUCUUUAAACUCGAGUUUCUGUAUUGUAUAUAACUUGGGAGAUGGACCCAUUCAUGUUAUUCAGUUCUAGUGCAGAAACAUCACAAAGUGUAUGUAGUUUUCCUCUGCUCUGAAGAUGUAAAUGUAGGGUGUUGGCACCAGAAUCAAGGACUUAUGUUACUGUGUAAGUGCUUUUGUGCAUAUGCUGUUUUAUUGAAACACUACCAGUUAAUGUAAGAAAAUGUAAAUGUCGGUCAGGAAAAUGUAGGUCAUAAAAUAAUUGGCCAUUAUGCUUCAGACGUCAAAGAUAGGUCUCCUAAUGAGGGACACGCCACAAGCAUGUCUUUGGAUCUCUGAAAGUUUCCCCCCUAGGGGCCCUGAUCCCCUCAUUUUCUCCCACCACUGCCUCUGCUGCAAGUGUCCAGGUGGAAAGAAGCAGAUGGGAGAGCACUAACGAGUUGAAAGAUGCUGGUUGUGAUCCUCAUUACCGACACUUUGCUUCAGGGAGGGCUAAAAACAGAAACUCCUGUAGUACAGCAGAGGACUUACUGCAUCGAUUAAAUGCUCCACUAUUUUACCACUUUGCGUUUCCAGAUCUUUGCUUUCCAGUAUUUUGCUGAAGGUGAUGCACACAAACACACACACUGGAUUUUUUUGAACAUGGUGCUUUAUUAUUACAAACACAUUACUUUGCCAUAUAUUGCUGUAUACACUUGUGUAAAUAGCGUGUUUUUCUAUCUGUAAACUGGAAAAAAAACCAACACAUGGAUAUUGAACUUGUUUUUACAUUCAGAAGUUCUUUCCAUGUUUAAUCUGUCAUCAGGGUUCUUGUGGUAUGAUGCUUAUGAUAAAACAAUCAUUUUCAUGCUUUCUUCCACAGCAUAUGAAGGGAUAAUAGUCCUCUCUUAAGAAGUGACUGUACAUAUUGCUCAUGCUUUGAGGACGUCACAACUGUUUUUGUAUUCUCAGCACCAGACACACCGUGGAUGGCAGAAUGCUGCCACACGUGAAAUAAAUAGAAACAGCUAGAA